AUGUCCGACGUUGGGGACACUUUGCUCUCCCAAUUGAAAAUGAGGUCGUAUCGGUCCACUAUGGCAAAUACCGUGCGUAUCGGUUAUCGAUGCCUUGAGCUCCUGGAGAAGAUGCACGCUAUGGGAUAUGUUCAUAUGGAUGUCCAUCAGCAGAACAUCAUGGUAGAACAUGAUUACGAUGGAGAGCUGAAGCUCAAUCUCAUAGACUUUGAGUUCACCAGCAAGAUUCUCCCGCCGCCAUCCUGUUACAAUUUUCUAGCGUGGCACUCAAGCCUAAAUGUGGCAACUCACGGCGACUACACACCAAUUGACGACUUGGUAUCGAUGGUCUUCAUUCUUUUCUCAACGCAAAGAAUCGAUCCAUUCAUGAGAAAAAUAGAAGAUUACAUCCAGAAAAAAGAAGAAUUCCAUGCCGACCCGAUGCGCCACUUUCCGAAUGCAGAAAGUCAGUGGCUUGGAAGAUUGUAUAUUGAGAUUGAAAGGCAAAGGACUGAUGGAUAUGACAAGUCUAAGAUUCUGGAAAUCUUGAAUGCGGCUGUGCCAGGAAUUGAUCCCCGAUCACCAAUCGAUUUCGGUUACCAUGCCGGGACAUACUGGAUCCAUUAA